CAGGCUGGGUAUCUUCGUGCAUCCGACGAGAUGGAGAGCUGCAUCUUUCUUCACCUUAAUCCUUUUGAAGUCGGGAAUGAAGCCAAGAUGUGACCGUCACGGCUCGUCAUAGUUUGGGUCCUUCCUGCUUUUACAGCCACUGUUUCUAUAGCAACCUGAAGUAUCCUCAAAUCCUGAAAUUCCCACAAAAUGCAGUCCUCGUCUCAGCCUCCAAAACCCCGUCGCUUUGACACCGCCAAACGGACCGUACCGAAGUCGAACCCGCCCGCACAGCCCAAGGAGGAUAAAAACAUGAAUACAAUCCCCAACCCUGCCGCUCGCCGGGUCAACAAAGCGCCCGUUGCUUCACCCAGGACGAAAGUGGGAGCUCAGCCUCGCGCUCCUCUGCACCAACCGAAAGCCAUCGCACAAAAACGAGCCUCUGCAAACUUCAAAGCUGUUAAACCCAAAUCUAAAAGUACACGGAUGUCUGCGGCGAACCAACUCUCCGCUUCACCUGCUCCUCCGGCGGUCCCGUCUCUCCUCCCGCUUGACCCAAAUUGCAAUGAACCUAGUUUGCCGUGCCUCUGCUGCGACGGCCGCUCCCCUCAGGACAACAACAGCAUGUUCAACCAUAACCACAAUAAUAACAAUACCAUCUCGCUAAGGCAGCAGAUGCAACUCCCUGCUCCACCUGCUCCAUUAUUUCAAAAACAGGAAGAAAAUAGAGUAAACGAGGAAAAGCCUAAGCUAACUCCGGAAGAACCACAGAAAGAUAAUGCUGCUUCCUUAGCUGCAAGUUUGGAAAAUAAUAAUAAAAGUAUCGAGGAACAGGAAAUUUCAAACAACGGAGCGUGUAAAGUGGAUGAGGAAGACGACGACGAUGACAGCAGUGGUGAUAUUGAUAUUGAUGAGGAAGAAGAGCCAGAUCACUAUGGCGAUGACGAAGAUGACGAUGACGAUACUUUGGUCCCGUCCUGCUGCGACUGCCCCCCCUCCCUCCUGGAUUUCUCUCUAACCUCCUCCACUUCUUCAUCCUCCACUUCCAUCAGCUCCUGCUCCGAUCUGGAUUCAGACAGCGCGGAUCAAUCGUACUCGAUGAGCUCAUCCAAUGAUCAAGAGAAUCUGUCGUUCAUGUUGUCUUCCAAAGGCUGCUCCCCUCUCAAAGCGCCCGAAUCUAAGCCUCCGUCUCGCUCUCCUCCAUCUCUCCCUCGUUCGCACAAUCCCUUCUACUUGUCAUCCUCCUCUCCUGCCUCUCCAGAUGAAGGAUACCCGUCUGCUCUCGACUCCCCUGACUAUUUAGGAAUAAAAGAGGAUUCGGAAAUGAACAAAUUAAGUUUACUAGACUUCCUAGAAUCCGUGGGUGAGUUUGGGAAAAUGGAGCGUUUCAGUCAAGUGAUACAAGUAGCACGCUGGGAUCUGGAAGGAGAGCAACACUGGGAUGUACUUCGGGAUCGCAUUGAUCAUUUAGAUCGCUUAGAGAAGGUAAACAGGGAGGUUAAACUAGCAUACAUCGCCAAAUUACAUGAGAAAGGAUUUGAUUUGAGCGAUUUAGAUGAACAGGAUUUGUCAGACAUUAUGGAUGAAAUGGGAAAUAUCGAUAUUCCCUGGAAGUUGUACAAAAACCCGAAAGGAAAAAUGCAAGACUCCCAGGAGUUUUCUGACGCUGGCGUUGACCUCACUGCUCCGUCAGAUUGUGAAGAUCCCCUGGCGCCGGAUUCUCUCACCCCUUCCCCAAUCGAAUCCCCGCCCAAACCUCCAGUCCGCCAUGCGAGCGUGACCUCCGACCUCCACACGUACAUUAACAUAAGCAGGGAGCCCACCCCUGUCGCCUCUUCCCCAACCCCACUGACCACUUUCUCUCUCCACAUCACAUCGCCAACUUUUACCACGUUCAGAUGUGAAAAAUCAACCCCGGUUACACCACCAUCUAUACCUCCAUUACCCGCCUCUAAACCCGUCCCGUACCUUACCCUCUACACCGCCCCUUCCCCGACCAUCCCCACCCCAACUCCCCCCAUCCCCCCUCCUCGCACCCGUCACUUAGCCCGGAAAGAAGCCCAAAGACGUGCCGCUCUUUUGGCCGAACAGGAAAAAUCCCCAGACUCCUUACCUCCGCCCACCACGCGCCCUCCUCCUCUUCCUCCUCCUCCUGUUAUUUCUAGAUCCGGAAAUUACUGA